AUGGCAUCCGGGUCCUCUUCUGGUUCAAUUCCACCACCAACAAGAGCAUGCACCUAUCACGUGUUCUUGAGUUUUAGGGGUGAAGACACUCGCCGACGAUUCACUAGCCAUCUCUAUGACGCCCUCAACAGAAAGGGAAUCACAACCUACAGAGAUGAUAACAACCUUCGCAAGGGGGAUGUUAUUUCAGAUGAACUCCUCAAAGCAAUUGAAGAGUCUAUGUUUGCAGUCAUAGUUCUGUCACCAAACUACGCUUCAUCCACAUGGUGCUUGGAUGAGCUCUGCAAGAUCCUUGAUUGCAAGAACAACCUGGGGCUACAGAUGAUGACAGUGUUCUACGGAGUGGAACCUUCUGUUGUGAGGCAUCAAAUAGGGACCUUUCAGGAAGCUUUCAAGAAGCACGAAAAGAGACAAGACCGUGAGAAGGUUCAAAGAUGGAGGGAAGCGUUAAAACAAGUUGCUGAUUAUUCUGGAUGGACCUCCAAAAAUCAGGACGAGGCAGCACUUGUCGAGAAUAUUGCUCAACAUAUAUUUGAAAUAUUGAUUCGCAAGUUGCCAUCGUCAAUGAAAAAUCUUGUGGGGAUUGAAUCAAGAGUGGAACAAGUGAUUAGCCGAAUAGGCCUUGGAUUGAAUGAUGUUCGCUAUAUAAUCAUAUGGGGAAUGGGCGGCAUAGGUAAGACAACUAUUGCUAGAGUAGUCUUUGAAACUAUUCGAAGUAUAUUUAAAGAUAUUUGCUUUCUUGCCGACGUAAGGGAGCAAUGUGAGAAAAAAGAUAUUGUCCACAUACAAAAGCAACUUCUUGAUCAAAUGGGUAUUAAGUCAGCUGCUGUUUUUAGCGAGUAUGAUGGGAGAACAAUAAUUCAAAACUCUUUACGUCUCAAAAAGGUACUUCUUGUUCUUGAUGAUGUAAAUCAAGAAAAACAAUUAGAGAAUUUGGCUGGGGAGCAAGCUUGGUUUGGUCCUGGAAGCAGAAUAAUAAUUACAACUAGAGACGUUGAGGUGCUAAAGGAACCACAUGAAACUUGGAAGGUUGAAGGGUUAGUGGAUAGUGAAGCCUUUAAUCUCUUUUGUCUGAAAGCUUUUAAACAAGCAGAACCUGCAGAAGGGUUUUUGGAUUUGUCCCAAGAAGUGAUCAAGUACAGUGGUGGUCUUCCAUUGGCACUUAAAGUAUUGGGUUCCUAUCUUUAUGGUAGGUCUAUUGCGGUUUGGCAUAGUGCUAUUGAAAAGAUAAAGAAGUCUUCACAUUCUGACAUUAUUGAUGUAUUGAAAAUAAGCUAUGAUGGUUUAGAUUCUAUGGAAAAGGAUAUUUUUCUAGAUAUUGCUUGUUUCUUUAAAGGACGGCAGAAAGAUUAUGUAACAAAGAUAUUAGAUGGAUGUGGUCGUCAUGCUGUAAUUGGCAUUGAUGUUUUGAUUAAUAGAGCAUUGGUCACUAUAGAUAAAUAUGAUGAAUUGGGGAUGCAUGAUCUGCUUGAAGAAAUGGGCAAACUUAUUGUAAUUCAAGAAUCUCCAAAUGAUGCUAGUAAGCGUAGCAGAUUGUGGUGGUGUGAGGAUGUUGAUUCUGUACUUACUCAAAAGAAGGAAACUGAAGCAAUUCAUAGCAUCAUUCUACAUAAGGUGUAUAGGGAAACUGAACUGAAAUGGAGAGAUUUAUCUUUCUCAAAUAUGUGCAAGCUAAAGCUUCUCGUUUUAGAUUUUGUGGAAGCUCCCAUUCUCUGCGAUAUUCCUUGCACAUUAAAGGUUUUGCACUGGAAAUGUUGUCCAAUGGAAACUCUGCCCUUUACAGAUCAACACUAUGAACUUGUUGAAAUCCAUCUGCCUGAUAGCAAAAUUGUACAGUUAUGGGAUGGAAAGAAGGUUCUUAAAAAGUUAGAGCUCUUGAAUUUGUCUUGCUGCUACAAGCUGAAGCAAACGCCAGAUCUUUCUGGAGCUCCCGUUCUUAAAAUACUUAAUCUUGAGCAUUGUAGGGAGCUGAAUUAUAUUCACCCGUCGCUCACACUCCACAAAAGCCUUGUUGAAUUGAAUUUAACGGGAUGUUAUAGUAUUGAAACACUAGCAGAUAAAUUGGAGAUGUGUUCACUCGAGACAUUAGGUCUAGACUGUUGCACUCGUUUGAGAAGACUGCCAGAAUUUGGGGAACGCAUGAAACAGUUAUCGAUUCUUAUUCUGACAUAUACAGAUAUAGAAGAGGUACCCAGGACGCUUGGAAAUUUGGCUGGCGUGUCUGAGUUGGACUUAACUGGAUGUGACAAGCUUACUAGUCUACCCUUAACUGGAUGUUUCCUAAAGAAGUUGGAGCUACAUGGAUUCGUCGAGCUUAGUUGUCUUCCACACGAAGCUCCUGGGUUAGAGUCCCUCACAGUCACAGCUUAUUAUGAUGAGUUUGACAGCCCAAAUAUUGUUGGAUUUUUGAGUUCUCUCUCUUGCCUGAGUCUGACCUCUUUGAGUAGCCUGAAAUUAGAAGGAUGUUUUAGCACAUCUAGAGAAGAGUCGACCCUUUACUGCGAUCUUGGCCACUUAGCGCAGUUGACGAAUUUGGAUUUAUCGGAUAACUGUUUUAUAAGAGUUCCAUUAAGUAUCCAUCAACUUCCCAGACUUACAUGUCUAAAGCUAUCUUUUUGCGAUGAAUUGGAGGUUUUACCAGAGCUUCCAUCAAGUCUACGAGAAUUACACGCACAGGGUUGUGAUUCACUAGAUGCAUCAAAUGUUGAUGAUGUUAUAUCAAAGGCGUGUUGUGGCUUUGCAGAAUCAGCUAGCCAAGAUCGUGAAGAUGUCUUGCAAAUGUUGAUCACAGGGGAGGAAAUUCCAGCAUGGUUUGAGCAUCAGGAAGAAGAUGAGGGAGUAUCAGUCUCAUUCCCACUUAAUUGCCCUUCAACUGAAAUGGUCGCACUUGCUCUCUGUUUCCUAUGUGAAGGUAUCAAAGGUUUCAGAAGAUUCCAGCCUUCGGUGAUCUGCAACGGGAAAGAAUUCAUCAACGCGACUUCAUACCGGUUGUCUAGUAUAUAUAAUGUGUUCAUUGUGUGCGUGAACGGUUACUAUUUUAGUAAGCUGUUAUGCCAACACAAUCGCUUCCAAUUGUUAUUUCCAGAUGAUUACUAUUCUGAUAUCCGAGUACAGAGAUGUGGAGCACGUUGGGUGUGCAAGCAAGACAUUCAAGAUUUCAAGAAAACAAAAUCCCAAACAGGGAAAGGAAAAAGAAACUCUUGAAUGGAACAUGGACAUGAUCUCACAUUCUUCAACUUCUAGGAAUAAGAUGUUGGUGGUUGGCCCUCCACUGUGUGACGAAGAGGAAAAGCAUGGUGCCACAGCAGAGGGUGCUAUUGGCGGUUUGGCAUCUCGCAAAAGCUCUGACCCACCUGAACUCUUACUUCUCUUCCCUUUGCAUUCCCACAGCACUUGGUUCUCAUACUUGAUAAGCCUUUAAUAUGCUGUUUCUUUUCUUAAAACGGCUGCAUUU